AACUCUCACCGUUCACGCCUCCCCUCUCUUUUCCAUCUCGUUUACCUGCGUUUUCCCGAGAAAAUUCCACAUUUUCUUUUUCUCCCCCCAGAAAAAAUCCACUUUUCUGCAUGGUGACGGGACCUCUCGGGGCGUAGGUUUGAUUAAUUUGGUAAAUUUCCUUUUCUUUGUUGAUGGGUUUUUAAAAUUUUGUUGACCUUCUCCUGAAGAGUCGACGUGGGUACUCUAGGGUUGAGUCGGGUCGUCAGGGGGAGUUUUCACGGCGGAGAUAGAUUCAUCUUCUGCUUCUUCUGAGGGGGUUGGCCGGGGCUCCGGCCUCGGCGGGUUUCAAAGCCCUCACGCUUACAAUCUCUGCAAUCUGAGAUAAAAUUCAUCGAUCCAGUUUUUUUUUCCUUUUUCUUGAUUUUAUUUUACCCGAUUCUUUGCUUUUUUUUUCAUCCUUCUGGGUUUCGUCGAAAAUUUCUCUGCAAGUGGAUUUCUGAUUCGUCGCUGAAAGGGGAAGAGGAUGCCGGCCCUGGCUUGUGUGGAUGCUGCCGUCGCGCCUCCCGGCUACGCCUUCUCCGGGGAUAGCUCCCUUCCCACAGGCGGCGUCUUCUUUCCGGCGAUCACCCCUGCCGCCGCCGCCGUCGGUGGGUCCCCCCAUUGGUCGCCGUCGCUAUCCGCUUCGCUCUACCGGAUUGACGGAUGGGGCGCUCCUUACUUCACUGUCAACUCCUCCGGUAACAUCUCUGUUCGUCCCCAUGGCUCAGAUACCUUGUCUCACCAGGAGAUUGAUCUGUUGAAGAUCGUGAAGAAGGUUACCGAUGCCAAAUCCUUAGGCGGUCUCGGUCUCCAGCUCCCGCUUGUUAUGCGGUUUCCGGACGUCCUGAAGAACAGGCUCGAGUGUCUCCAGUCGGCUUUCGAUUUCGCGAUCCGGUCUCAGGGCUAUGAAUCUCAUUACCAAGGUGUUUAUCCGGUGAAAUGCAACCAGGAUAGGUUCGUCGUCGAGGACAUCGUCGAGUUCGGGUCGCCGUUUCGGUUCGGGCUCGAAGCCGGGUCGAAACCCGAGAUUCUCCUCGCCAUGAGCUGCCUCUGCAAAGGUAACCCUGAUGCUUUUCUUGUCUGCAAUGGCUUCAAAGACGCUGAAUACAUAACAUUGGCUCUACUUGGUCGGAAACUGGCCUUGAACACGGUGAUCGUGCUCGAGCAAGAAGAAGAGCUCGAUCUGGUUAUCGAUCUGAGUAAGAACAUGAACGUGAGGCCUGUGAUUGGGAUUCGUGCGAAGCUGAGAACCAAACACUCUGGUCACUUCGGCUCGACAUCUGGUGAGAAGGGCAAGUUCGGAUUGACCACGACGCAGGUUGUUCGUGUCGUGAGGAAGCUCGAACAAGCUGGUAUGCUCGAUUGUCUCCAGCUCCUGCAUUUCCACAUCGGUUCACAAAUUCCAUCCACUUCUCUUCUCUCUGAUGGCGUGGCUGAGGCUGCUCAGCUUUACUGCGAAUUGGUUCGGCUCGGUGCCCACAUGCGAAUCAUCGAUAUCGGCGGUGGUUUGGGGAUCGACUACGAUGGAUCCAAGUCCGGCGAAUCCGAUCUAUCUGUUUCCUACAGCAUCGAGGAAUAUGCUGCAGCUGUCGUCACGGCUGUCCGAUUUGUCUGCGACCGGAAAUCGGUCAAACACCCCGUGAUCUGCAGCGAAAGUGGCAGAGCCAUUGUGUCUCAUCACUCUGUCUUGAUCUUCGAAGCUGUCUCUUCAACUGGACCGGUCAAGCAUGGUGUUGACCAGACCGACCUCCAGUUCAUGCUCGAUGGGCACUGGGAGGAAGCUCGGUCCGAUUACCAGAAUCUCUACUCGGCUGCCAUCCAUGGAGAUUACGAAAGCUGUCUCCUUUACGUUGAUAAGUUGAAGCAGAGAUGCGUUGAAGGGUUUAAAGAUGGAUCGCUGAGUAUAGAACAGUUGGCUGCGGUUGAUGGGUUAUGCGAAUUGGUUCUAAAGGACAUUGGUGGAUCGGAUUCGAUCCGAACAUACAACGUUAAUCUCUCUGUGUUCACUUCUAUCCCGGAUUUCUGGGGAAUCGAACAGCUGUUUCCUAUAGUCCCGAUUCAGAAGCUCGAUCAGAGGCCGGGGACCAGAGGGAUCUUAUCGGAUUUGACGUGCGACAGCGAUGGGAUCGUUAACAAGUUCAUAGGCGGAGAGUCGAGCUUGCCUCUGCAUGAGCUGGACAACAAUGGCGGCGGGAGGUAUUAUCUGGGAAUGUUCUUGGGCGGGGCGUACGAGGAGGCGCUGGGUGGGGUCCACAACCUGUUCGGAGGGCCAAGCAUGGUCCGCGUCUCGCAGAGCGAUGGCCCGCACGGCUUUGCGGUGACUCGAGCCAUGCCGGGCCAGUCCUGCGUGGACGUCCUCCGGGCGAUGCAGCACGAGCCCGAGCUCAUGUUCCAGACGCUUGAGCACAGAGCCGAUGAGUUCUGUAGUAACAGCAGCAGCCAUAGUAGUAGUGAUCUCAACAAUAAUGGCGGCCGAGACAACGAUGACGAUGAUGACGUGGCAGCUUUGCUGGCGCGGUCGUUCCACAAGAUGCCGUAUCUCGGUUUCUGCUACUGCGACGAGGACGCAGCGGUUGAAGCCGCUGUGGUGGCGGGUGGAGGGGAGAGCUGGUUGAGAGUUCCAUUGCAUGUCAAGGUUAAGUCUGUUUCGUCUGGAGGUGGCUGGCUACUACCAGGGGCAAGGCGUGAUGAAGCUGCAAUAUGUUAA